AUGGAUGAUGACCCACAAGAGGCUUGGCUGCCUAUUACUGAAUCGAGAAAUGGCAAUGUCGUUACUGCAGUAUUUCAUUUGUUGUCUUCAGGAAUUGGAAUUCAAGCCCUUUCACUUCCAGUAGCUUUUGCCAAUCUCGGAUGGGCAUGGGGAACCAUAUGCUUAUCAUUAGCAUUUACAUGGCAGCUCUACACCAUAUGGAUUCUUGUUCAACUACAUGAACCAAUUCAAGGAACUAGAAUUCGCUACAGCAGAUAUCUACAGCUUGCAAUAGCCGCCUUUGGUCCAAAGCUUGGAAAGUUGCUAGCAAUGUUUCCAGUAAUAUACCUAUCAGGGAGCACAUGUACGAUGCUGAUUAUGAAAGGAGCUGGAGUCAUGGAGCUUCUCUUCAAACUGAUAUGUGGAGGUGGGGCUGCAUGUGAUGACAAGUCAUUGACUGGGGUGCAAUGGUUUUUGGUCUUCACUUGCAUGGCUAUUGCAUUGGCUCACCGACCUAACUUGAAUUCCAUUGCUGGGAUCUCACUUGUUGGUGCAAUUAGUGCCAUUGGGUAUUGUACUCUGAUUUGGGUACUGCCCAUCUCGAAAGGCAGACCUGUUGGUGUGUCUUACGACUCACUGAAGGCAGAAUCUAAUAUUGCUGGAAUGUGUGACAUCUUGAAUGCGAUAGGGAUAAUUGUGCUCGCAUUCAGGGGGCACAAUCUUGUGCUUGAGAUCCAGGGAACAUUGCCUUCAAGUUCAACAAGUCCAUCCAAAAAGGCGAUGUGGAGAGGGGUGAGUGUCUCAUACAUACUAAUAGCGAUAUGUUUAUUUCCUCUCGCAAUAGCUGGAUUUUGGGCUUAUGGAAACAAGAUACCUUCAAAUGGAGGGAUGUUGACAGCAAUUUUCGAAUUCCAAGGACGCAACACAUCAGAAUUUGUGAAGGGCAUAAUAUACUUGCUAGUGGUGACUAGCUGCCUUAGCUCAUUCCAAAUCUAUGCCAUGCCAGUUUUCGACAACCUGGAAUUUAGGUACACCAGCAUGAAGAACAAGCGAUGCCCAUGGUGGGUUCGCGCAGGUUUUCGGCUCUUCUUUGGAGGGCUGGCCUUCUUCAUAGCAGUGGCUCUUCCUUUUUUGCCUAGCCUAGCCCCUUUAGUUGGAGGGAUUACCUUACCCCUAACACUGGUGUAUCCAUGCUUCAUGUGGAUUUCGAUGAAGAAACCUCACGAAAAAGGUUCUGCUGUCAUGUGGUAUCUUAAUCUAGGACUUGGAUGCUCAGGCAUUGUUCUAAGUGUUCUAUUGGUAGUUGCAGCAGCAUGGAAUUUGGCUACCAAAGGCCUACAUGCCAACUUCUUCAAACCCCUACGAUGA